CAUAACAACCGACUAAAAAACAGAAUUUAAAUUGCAAUUUUUAGGGCUCAAUAUUAUCGUUUACAUCCGGUAUAUUAUCAUUUUAAUAUUAACAGACACACAAGUAUACAAUGAUGCCGUCAAGCAAUACAUUAGAAUCAUUAGAUGAUGCAGAUUUAAAAUCUAGACUGGCUCGCUUUGGUAUAAAUCAGCCGAUUACAAAGACCACUAUAAAUGUUCUGCAUAAGAAACUCUUAAAAUUAGAAAUGGAUUUUCAAAGGGAGCAAAACAAUCAAUCGAUUAAACUUGGAUGUGAAUCAAUGACAAACACAUAUACAAUUAUGUCAUCAAGCUCAAGAAAUACAAUAGAUGAUGCAGAUUUAAAAUCUAGACUGGCUCGAUUUGGUAUAAAUCAACCUAUUACAAAUACAACUAGAAAUGUUCUGCAUAAGAAACUCUUAAAAUUAGAAAUGGAUUUUGAAAAGGAGAAAAACAACCAAUCGAUUAAAUUUGGCUGUGAAUCAAUGGACACUUCAACAAAUGACCUGAACGAGUAUGAAAUCCGAGAGGGAAUAUUCAAGCAUGGAUUAAAUCAAGUCGCGCUAACAGAUUCUACUCGUCCUGUAAUAAGCAAUAUUAUCAGAAAAAAAAAUCAAAAUUCUUAGGAAACCUCUCAUUUAUUCUUUAAAUAUUAUUAUUAUAUAAACUAGUACAUGUUCUUAAAAUGAU